AUGGGAUUUCAGUGUCAGAACAACCAGUGUCUGAGGAUGCUAAGGAUUAUCAGUCCAAGGAUGUUAGCAGAGAUUCAAUACCGUAUUCUUGACUUCUAUGCCUCUCGUGGGCAUAAGGGGCUUGCAAGUGCGUCUCUUCUGCCAUAUUAUCCUACUGUCCUGCUAACAAUUGCAGGAAUGCUUCAAUUUAAGUAUUCACGUUAA